CUGCCCUUCCAUGAGGAAUCCUCCUUCAGUUGGCAAAGGUGUGCUUCUCUUGCUUAGGAAUACACGAGAGAAAGGAGCCAGUUGCCUGUUUUCCAAAACACUUUCCCCAGAACUUCUUCCCUCUUCACCUUCUGCCCCCUACCCGUUCCUGUCAAGAGAAAAGCUUCAUAGAGGAUCAUAUUCAUUCAUAUCUUUGCUAGCUCUUGGUUCCUUUGCUGGAACUGAGGGGGUUAAGAAAAGAAUAGAGACAGGCUAAGCUGCCGCCCUCUUGCCUCUCUUCCAUGUCUCUGCAUGGAUUUUAAACAACUGUUCCGGAUUCCCUAGGCUGUAUGCUUACUGGUUCCCAGACCCUGCAGCGAAAGGGUUAAAGUGGGAGCUCUCUGCUGCUCACAAGCUUUCCCCGAGAUUAAUGUGCUAAGUCUGCGCCUCUCAGUGUGUCUGUAUGGGAGUGAAAGUGUUGGUCAGUGAUGGAGUUGCUACCAUGACAACCCUGGAAGUCAGUGCUUGUGCGAGUCGGAGAUGUUCCUGGGAGGAAGGAGAUGCUGAAACUAGGGGAAGCAGCUGAGUUUGGUGUGGCUCUGGCGAAGCGCUCAUAUCCCUGGCCAGUGGCUUCUUCUCUGAGCUGAGGGAAGCAGUGGGGCUUCCCAUAGCUCCCACACCCGGGCUUCUGCUCCAAGGCUCUCUCCUCUCUCCUCCGCUGGAAGGCUUCUUCUUCCUCUUAGGGUUCGGAUCUAACAUCGUUUGCUGAAUUGGGGGACUGGACUGGAUCCAGUGACUGGAUUUGGUUUGAGGAAAUUGACAGGAUCGGGGACAUCAUUAGGAACCAAUUACAAAUCCCUGCUGGGAACUUUUUUUUUUUUAACCUCCCCUGUGUUAAAGAAUUAGUGUGAAUUGGCGGUGUUUGUUUUUUUUCCUUCUUUCUUUUUAAUGUAUGUAAGAUACAUAUGUGUGAGCUAAUAAAACUCUUUUCUCCUCUUCAAAAAAAAAAGCAGCUUUUUUGUGACAUCUCCUUCAUGUCAUUGGCACUUUUUUGGGUUAUAAACUUUUGAUGCCAGACCUCUGCAGCGCGUGCCCAACUGAAUCUUAAAGUAGCAUCUUGAAGAGAGAGGCAGAGAGAGAGAAAGAGAGAGAGAUCUGUGACCUUCAUCUCUGCAUCUUCCUCCUUCUUCUCCCUUUCCGUCGGCCUUCUUCUUCACCCAAGGAACGUGGGGGGCACGAACCCUUUGGAUGCUGUUGGGGGAAUUCGCUUCUCAGAUGGUGGAAAGCUGAGGCUGUAUUUUGGGGGAGGAUCAUUAGACUUGGAGGAGCUCGGGCUCUUUCUCUCUCCCGCCCCCUCCCCUUCCCCCUUUUUGCUCCUGGAUCGCUCCGUCCCCUUCCUCUCCCCCCGCCCGCUUCCUGUGCCCGGCUGGGGGGCGCCUGAGGUGCCGCUGCUCCAGUUCAGGGAAGUUGUGGCUGUCGAGAAUGGGGGUCGGUGGGUACUUGCUGCUGCCCUGGAGGUUCCUCGUGGUCCUGUCUCUCAGGCUGCUGUUCCUUCUGCCCACAGGAGUGCCAGUGCGCAGCGGAGAUGCCACCUUCCCCAAAGCUAUGGACAACGUGACGGUCAGGCAAGGGGAGAGCGCCACUCUCAGGUGUACUGUAGAUGCCCGGGUCACAAGGGUAGCCUGGCUAAACCGCAGCACAAUCCUCUAUGCUGGAAAUGACAAGUGGUCCAUAGACCCCCGUGUGGUCAUUGUGGCCAACACGAAAACCCAGUACAGCAUCAUGAUCCAAGAUGUGGAUGUGUAUGAUGAGGGCCCAUACACCUGCUCUGUACAGACUGAUAAUCAUCCAAAAACUUCUAGGGUCCAUCUCAUAGUACAAGUUCCUCCCCAGAUUAUGAACAUCUCUUCAGACAUCACUGUGAAUGAGGGAAGUAGCGUGACCCUCCUGUGUCUUGCUAUUGGGAGACCAGAGCCUACUGUGACAUGGAGACACCUGUCAGUGAAAGAAGGUCAAGGCUUCGUGAGUGAGGAUGAGUAUCUGGAGAUCUCUGGUAUCACACGGGACCAGUCUGGGGAGUACGAAUGCAGCGCCUUGAAUGACGUUGCUGCCCCAGAUGUGCGGAAAGUAAAAAUCACCGUAAACUAUCCACCCUAUAUCUCAAAUGCCAAGAACACUGGGGUUUCACUGGGUCAGAAAGGCAUCCUUAGGUGUGAAGCUUCUGCUGUCCCACUGGCUGAAUUCCAGUGGUUCAAGGAAGAAACCAGGUUAGCCACUGGCCUGGAUGGAGUAAGAAUCGAAAAUAAAGGCCGCAUGUCCACACUGACUUUCUUCAAUGUUUCAGAAAAGGAUUAUGGGAACUACACUUGUGUGGCAACAAACAAGCUUGGGAUUACAAAUGCCAGCAUCACAUUGUAUGGGCCUGGUGCAGUCAUUGAUGGGGUAAGCUCUGCCUCCAGAGCACUGGCAUGCCUCUGGCUAUUGGGGACCCUCUUUGUCCACUUCUUCAUCAAGUUUUGAUGAGAAACCCGAGGGUCCUCUGAGCGACGCCUGACUUCUCCAAACCACAGACUUUACUCUUCUACACUGCGGAGGGCAAACCAGUUUUGUUUUGUUUUUGUUUUUCAGCUUGAAUGAGUGGGGAUGGGGGGAGGGGGUGGGGAGGGUUCUGCAAUGUGUAGGAUAAUCAAUCAUGGGUGUGUUCAAAAAUUGAAUAUGUUUCUUCUCCCUUAGCCCUACCUUCUCCUCUGCUCCUCUCCCCAUUGUCUUCCCCGUAACUUCUGUUUUGGCAAAAAGUCUAUUUUGGUUGAACCCAUAAAUGCCCCAGAGAUGCACCUUGGUUCAUGAAAUAGUGCACGGCAAGAAUUACAUCAGAGAGUCCUAGUGUUUGUGUCUCUUAAGCUAACAAAUCACCCUUUUUGUUAUGCUGUUCAAAUGACUCCAUGUUUUUAAGUGUCUGAUGACAUUGGAUUUGUCUCACCCAUCAAGGUGGAUUUUUUAAUAGAUGUACACACAUAUAUUAUUCUGCCACCUCCCUUUGGCACCAUACUCUACCCAUAACCUGCACCAAAUAGAGGUAUGGGGCAAAAGGGGGUUGUGAAAUUUACUAAAAGUGGAAGUACAUCUGGUAAAAGAGAGAGAAAAUCUCUGGCAUGUGGGAAACUAGAGUAGAGUGGAUGGGAAAAGAAAAUAUUGGGAGACUGAGUUUCUUCUUUAAAAAUUCCUGGCUGGUCGAUUAAAAAAAAAAACACAAUAAAUAGGUGGCUGAUUCAUUGGGUCUUAUCUAACUAUCAGUCAAAGCAAUCCUAUGGCUAUCCAUCUAUUCAACUGUCUGGUCUAUCCAUCCAUCCAAUUAUCUAUCCACCUGUCUUUCUCUCUAACAAUCUAUUUACUCUAUUUAUCAAUCUAUCAGUAUAAUUAUCUACAUUUUUCUCCAACUCUCUCUCUCUCUACUCUUAUUCAUCUAUCACUGUAAUCAUCUCUAAUCACCUAGUGUCUAUCUUUCUCAAUCCAUUUCUUCCUCAAAUCAAACUACUCUAAAUAGAUAUUUGUGUUUUCACAGUGACAUAUCAACUUUGCAUAUAAAAGCCAAUUUUUUCAGAUUGAUCAGAAAGAUAAGCAAUAUCUAAUCACAUGGACAUUUUAGAAUCUGAUGUUCCAUUCAUCAAAAGUGGACUAUGAUAACCCAUGAGUUUCAAUAGCAAUCUAUUACUUACUAUACACUAAAACAUUUUCUUUUCUAGUCACAGAUGAGUCCCAUGAGUACCUUAAUUAACUAGCAUGAUACUUUCCUUUGGGAUCUGAUUGACCAAGAUGCCAGUCAUUAGAAAUACAUGUGCUUUUUGACUUUCUAAGGGAGCAUAAGCUAUGAUUCUAUUUGACCAAAUGCAGGGCAUGUAUAUUCCUUAUCAAAAUAAAAGGGGGAAAACAAAGAAACAAACAAAAAUAUAAGACAAUGGCCUCCUGCAACAUGAACACACCAUUCAAUCACUCUGAACUUCAGCACCUCAUCUAGUGUCUCCUCUCUACUCCAGUCUGGGUUUGGCCUGUUUGAAAACUAUCCAUUUAAAAGCUGAUGGAGUCCAAUUAUAGGGCUGGUGUGUUGAAAGUGCACAUAUUUGUUUCGGAAGCUCUUCUGAGCAGAGGGCACUUGAGAGACUGACUUAAUUUCUAAGCACUUGAUUAACCCAACACUGCAAACAGAAGGGGAAAAUAUGUGUCACACACAUUUCCUCUUUUGUGGGGCUUCUCCUCCAAUGGCUUUGAGGAAAUCUAGCACCAUCUCCUUUUUUCUCUAUAUCAUAGCUGAUCCAGAUUCCAUACAAGAGAUGAUCUUUCAUGUCUGCACUUUCUUGGGGCAUCUCCUGGGGCAAUCAGGAUUUGGCCAUUCCUGUGUGCCAGUGGACCAAAAAGGACUGCAAUAAAAAUGACCCUUGGUUAUAUCUCUUUUUACAUACUUAGGGUACUGCCAAGAGACAUGCAAAUCGCCAGCAUUGGCAUUCUCCCACUCAUUCUCUGACCUAGUGUGCUGUAAAAUGCCAGCAGCCUAGCUGGGAAAAAAAAAUGGGCUGCUCUUAAGGCAUAUUCUGUUGAAUGUUCUUAAUGUUUAAUAUUUAUUCUUUCUCCACCAUCACAAGCUGCCUCUUCAGUUUUGUCUGUGUCAGUUCCUGGACAUGACAUACAAAGUGAGAAAAUCCAUCCAUGCGCCUUCCACCUCCUUAGGUGCUUUUAGCACACAAAAUGCCAGGCACACUAGUGAAGGUCAGUUGUUGUGAAUGGAAUUUUAGCCCCCUCAAACAACAGGAAAAAAGCAACUGCCAGGAGACAGACUCUGGGAACAUGUGAGAUGUGCCAACAGUUUUCUACCUAUUGUAAAUUCCCGGGGAUAAUCCAGUGAGCAGGUAUGAGGCUAGAAUUGAAGGUCAGACAUAAGCAUUUAAAAUUGCUCAAUACAGACCCAUGCAUAAGUAAGGCCAUAGUAAGACAAAUGUCAUGCAGAAUAUCUGAGUGCCAUAUUGAUAAACUAAACAUAUCACAUAAGAGCUAAGCAUAUGUAUGUGCUGGGAGUAGGGCAAGAAGAAAGAAAUCCUCUUGAUGGUAUAAUUCUCAAAAGUCCAAACUACAUGUUGUCUAUUGAGCUUUUCCUUUUUCUUCUAAAAGAAGGAUUCCCUACUCUUGUUAGUGAAGGAGAAGUUAAAAACAUCUCCAGAAACAUGAUCUUGAAUAAUUAUCUCCUUGCCUUUUCUCUUUUACCCCUUGAUGGCUUGCCCUCUUGCUACACUUAAAUUAAGGAUCCAUAGCAUCAUAUCUGUGAAUACUCCUUCCAAUAAUGUGAAUCACCUCCUGUCCACUCUAUGAGUAGUUUUAUGAGUUGCUAUGGCUGAAAAAAAAAACUAUUACCCAACAGCCACUGCCAUAUUAGUAACCAAAAGAUAAAACCACAGUAAGCACCCACCUCAUCCCUCCCAUCCCAGGCAACAAGGAGAAAAGGGAAGUCAGGAAACAGAGUAAAAUUGUUCUGACUCUCUUAUCACCACCAUCCAUGGGAGAACAGGUGAGGAAGGUUUGUGAAAGUGGACCAUUGGGAAGGACAAUGAAGUUUCUUCUAGGAAACCCUUCCAUGAUUUUCUGCUUUGUUAUUUUAACUAUAGGGAUGCUAAUACCUCUGGCCAUUAGAUGUCUCAAAAAUUAUGGUGAGAAUUAGAUAGCAAAUAGUCUACUUGUCAUUUUUUCACUAAGAGAGCAUUUCACUACUUCCAUAAGGCUUUUACUUCUACAGGGAGAAUCCUUAAGCCUUUUGGACAAAUUUGGCCCAAGAUUGCAAAUGGAGGAAGAAGGGAUGCAGACACCAAUACUAAGACAAGUCUUUGACCAGCUAGUAGCCCAUUCCAAAUUUGUGAAGUAGGAGAGAGGGAAGACAAAUAAUGCAGAGGAGGCCAAGUUGAAUUCAGCAAUGAAGCUAAGAAGCUCUCAUUCCCCUUUCCCAAAACUAAGUUUAACACUUCCACCAAAGUAAUGUCAAUGAAAGUGCUCGUGGUAAGGCUAAUGCCAAGCUUGUUCUUCUGUAGUUUAAUGUCAAGUGCCUGAUACAGUCAUCCACAAGUCUAAGUGUGUUUUCUUUUUCUGGGUUUUCUUUUUUGUGUGUGGGGGGAGGGGUAUAUCCUAGGAACAUGCACAUAUUUUAAGCUUAGAGUAUUGGGCAUGACUGCUCUGAUCAGUUAGUGUUCAUCUAAACAAAGGGAAAUGAUAGACUUUAGUAUCUAAAAGACGCCCAAGUCUCUUCCCCUGCAGUCCAGCCCAGGCCAAACCUUGGAGGACAGCAUUCCGCUGCCUGGGUGGUGGUUUUGUCUCAGGAGCUGACUGACCAGCAUUGAACUUUGGGUGAGGAUUGUGCUCUGGGACUGUAGGCAAAGCAGAUCCAGGUCAGAAGUAGAAAGGCCUGUUUCAGGACCUGCCCAGUCAUCUCGUUCUCCACCUAAAGGAGGUUAGCCCAUUCCACCUGAGGUCAGAAGAGAUUCCAAGCUGGAGAAGAGCAGAGAGCACCAAGGAAUACAGCUAACCCCAUGGGGAGCAUAGCAUUGUCACUGCAUCGGGUCUUUAUACACAAAAUAUGAAAGAGGAGCGAUGCUCCCAGCUGAAAUGUCUUCUCUUCUGCAGCUGUUGUGUGGCCCUUGCCAACAUUAUCACAGGAAGGAGGGGGUGGAGUGGUUAAGGGUGGGGAAAAGCAUCUUCCCCAAUUUGACACUGAGCUGUCACCAGGGAGAAACUGGCUUUUAAAUAGCUGAAACCAGCCAAACAAAAAUGAAUCUCCAUAUCUUUAUAUAUAAUCAGGGGAAGCAGUUAGAAAUUUUGCUUUUUUGGUAAAAUACAUUUCCCCUUCUUUUUUUCUUUUUUAUUUUUCUGCAGAAGUCCUAGUCCUGGGACCUUUCUAGUUUCAUUGACCAUAAUGUUACUCCCCCAUUGACCACUUACUGCCACCCUCCCUCCAUCCUCUCCUCCCAGACACACAAACUGGAGAAGAUGCUGGAAAACUUCACAGGUGUGCGGUUUGGAAGGCAACAUUUUCUAACAUACCACAUGAUAAGAAGUCCUAAUGAUCACUAAAAACAAACAAAUGAGCAAAAAAAAAAAGCCAGUCUCAUUUUCCACAUUGCUUGCUGAAAAGAAGUAAAUGAAGGAAGGAAGAAUUACAUUUGCAAUUAAAAGAUGGGGCAAAAAGAUAUUGAAAUGGUUCAGGAUGGCUUUCAGGUGCAAAAAAUAUCUAAAGUAAAAUGAAGUGGACUUAAUCAGGCCCAAUUGUCUCCAUCCCAAAAGUAAUAGUUGACUGUGCUCAAUUAUUUGGGGGACUUUUCUAAAAGACUUCUGUUUAAAGGACAUCCCUUUAUUGGGCCCCUUUAAAGCAUUGUACAAUGGCUGUUGAUCGCAGGAGGUGAAGAAGGUAGGAUGGUGAACCCCUAAGAGUCCUCUUGAGCCACAGUCAAUAUUAUCUAGCAGAAGCAGAGUUGAAGACAAUGAUGAUAACAAUGAUCAUGAUGAAACAGGAAUUGCUGCCCGUUGUAUCAGUCACGGGGAGCAUUUUAAUCAUUCAAAAAUUUUUGUGACAUGUCAAGUGCAGUUGUGAGGAAUGUGUGGGUGUAUGAAAAUGUAUCUGUCCAGUUCUGAGUCCUUCUCUAGGUUUUAACAAAGUUCUCUAUGACUUAUCAAUGGUGCAGUUCUAGCUGUCAGAAUAUGGGUGUGCACAUUCUCACAAUUAUCCUUAAAAGCAAAUCUAUGUUCAAAUGCUUUAAAAUUUUAUCAAACAGAAAUGAGUAUAACUUUGUCAGCCUUCUAGGGUUAUUUUGAUUUGGUUUAUUUUUUCAUUUUAAUUUUCCUGUUUUUUCUUAUUUCAAAAAAGCAAUGAAGUCUUUUUUUGGUCAAUAAUUGUAUUAAGGGUGAAUAUACUACCUGAAUUUUUGUGCAUGUUACAUUGUAGUUGUAACCUUUUCUAAUUCAGGAUGAAUAAGAGAUGGUUGUGAUUGUGCAGUGUAUCAAUAAAGUUCAAAGAAAUUUGUACCUUU